AGCUCUCUUGAAGCUAAUGACUUCUCAUCUCUCAGCUUUCCAAGGAGGCUUUGGAAAAUUGUUGAAAGCCACCAAUUUAAGUCCAUUUGGCGGGUUGAUGAUGGAAUUUGUAGUGUGAUUGAUGAAGAGGAAGUGCUGGCAAGGAAAGGACCUUGGAGAGUUUUUGAAAUUGAGAGCAUGAAAAGUUUUGUUCAUGAGGUCAACAUAUAUGGAUUCAGCAAAUUACUCUUCUACUACAACCUCAACUUUAAGAGACAUUAUCCCCACCAGCUCAAAAAGCGCAAGCAGAAAUUUGCUGUAAGAGAAGAGAAGCAGCUGCAUUUUCACAGGAGAGAGAUCCAAAAGAAAACUGUUGUAGAAGAAGCCC